CUAUGCAGAGUUUUUAACGCGAAUUAUCCCUUCGUGAAUGGUUUUAAUAGGAACAUCUUCGCGAUUCAGCCGGUUGAGAAUCACUGAUUUAUUUACGUAAGAUUACGAACUCGUCCGAAGCGUGCAAUCGGACUCGGCCGAAGCGUCUGCCUGUGAUCCCUCCUUAUCGUUAAUCUCAGCUAGCUGUUUCGCGUAGAAACGGGCCGUCCAUACGUGAUACUUCGGUUCAUGGUCCAUGGACUCUAUGGUAUAAUGAGCAAUCUAUAUACAGAUACCGGCGUCACGUAGCGAUGUAGUGAUCGCCAGGUGAUAUAAAGCGCUAGAUCUGUGUUUUUGUCGCGCGGGAGCGUCGUGACGUUAUUCACGUGACUACAUCCGGGGUCGGAGUCCGGCGACGGUAAUCUUCUAAUCAUUGGCGCCGAUUGUUGUGCUACCCUGCUACCUCUUGUCCAUUAUAUUUCUUCAUUUCCUCUCCGAUUCAUAACGCCGUUAACAAAUACGGCGCGCCGCGAGUGCUCGGUGCGGCUCAUACGUGUCCGUCUGUCUUCGCGUGUCGUUUAACUUUCGCGGAUCGGGAUCUCGGGCGUGUUCGAUUCGACUCGACUCGACUCCUGGACCUCGCAUUCAAGGAUAUAGUGCUUCGAAGGUGCUCCGAUAUAUCCGAAUAUGUCGUCUGUCGCGCGGAAUCGCUUCUUAUCAGCGCUCGGCGUCGCACAACGUCUCCUCACCGCCGAACACGCGCACGUCGCGAUGCGCGCGUACUCCUCUGGUCAUCACGGCAAAGCAGUGUAUUGCAGAACAAUGGAAUCUACAGUACGGAUGGCUCAUUACGCGACAAAACCGAUAUUUACAAACAAGGACGAAACUCGCGAAUUGAUGGCCAUAUGGCCAGAUAUUGUUCGUGAUAUUACGGAUUCUAUAGAAAUCCCAGAGGUUUCCAAAUGGAUAGCAAAAGUAUUGCAGUAUAAUGUUCCAGGAGGAAAAAAAAAUCGCGGUUUAGCAUUAAUUUAUGCCUAUAAAUUACUGGCAACUAACGAUCAACUUACGGAGGACAACAUCCGCCUAGCACGAAUUCUAGCAUGGUGUGUGGAACUGGUGCAAGCUUAUUUUCUUUUGCUCGAUGAUAUCCAGGAUCGAUCGUUAUUUCGCCGAAAUCAACCAUGUUGGUAUCGUCAUAAUAAUAUAGGUUUAGCGGCAAUUAAUGAUGCUACAUUGUUAAAUAGUGCUAUAUAUUUUCUGAUUAAAAAACAUUUCAAAGGGAAAGAAUGCUAUGUUGAUAUACUUGAAACAUUUCAUAACAUGACACAGAUGACAUCAUCGGGCCAGUCUUUAGAUUUGCUCUCGACUAAUUUUGGUAAAAAGCCAGAUCUGGAUUUAUUUACAAUGGAUCGAUACAAUUCCAUUGUCAAGUUUAAAUGUUCGUAUUAUACAUUCAUCUUGCCAAUAACCAUAGCAAUGCAUUUUGCUGGAAUAAAGGAUCUGGAAAUGUUAAGACAAACGAAAACGAUUCUGUUUGAAAUGGGACAUUUCUUCCAAGUCCAAGACGAUUAUCUGGGUUGUUAUGGGAAGCCUGAGGUCAUUGGCAAGGAUAAUACUGAUAUACAAGAGGGGAAAUGUACAUGGUUGAUUGUUGUGGCACUUCAACGUGCUGUACCAGAGCAACGUAAAAUUUUAAAAGAAUGUUAUGGAGUAUCGGAUCUAGAGAAAGAGCAAUGUGUGAAACAACUAUACAAUGAUCUGGGUUUGCCAAACACUUAUUCCAUAUAUGAAGAAGAGACAUAUAAUCUAUUAAACACCCAUAUACAGCAAAUAUCACGUGGUUUGCCACAUGAUCUUUUCUUGAAGCUACUGGAUAACAUUCAUCGUAGAGUGUCGUGAAAGCAUCACUUGUACAUUGAAGAAAGAAACUAAUGUGUAUUCAGAUUAUAGAAUUAAAGUCAAUGAACAAGAUGUGUUCUGCCAAUGUCUGAGAACA